UGACAUUGCCGUUACCGUGAUGGAGAUGGGUCUUGAUUAUGACGCGUGACAAAUUGUGCUAGUGGUUUUGAUGGAUGGAUAUUCCCAUCGCGUGCCGUGUUAUCCAGCGAUUGAUGCGACCUACGUCCUUCCUGAUCAUCUCGAUCUGAUGAGGGUUUGGCUAUAUAGUUAAGUUACUGGUGGUCUGCUGGCUGUGGAUGGGUGUAUCCUGUAUGUAUAGCUUCAUGGAGUAUCGUAUGCUUUGACAUACUUGCUUGUCUAUUUUCGCUUUCGAAUUGACUCAUCUCGCGAUGCAGCUUGAAGCCUUGCCAACUACUAACUGUCUAUUCUUGUCUUCGUUUGCUCUUUGGUGCGCGAUUCAUCAACCUCUCAUGCUACCACGACUCAAUACCGCGUAAUACCAUAGUCCACUUAUCAUCAUGAAGUUUCUGCAACAAAAUUCCCUCACACAAACGUCAAUGUCUCAGCCAGACGAGGAUAUCUCCCCGCCACUUCGUCACCCAUAUCUUUCUGGCAACUUUGCACCAAUCCAUCAAACAACAAAUCUCACUCCAUGCACAUAUAGUGGAUGCAUACCGCCAGAGCUGACCGGUGGUCAGUACGUUCGGAAUGGCGGCAAUCCCGUCAGCCACCAAGACCUUGGCAAAGACGCCCAUUGGUUUGACGGCGACGGUAUGCUCUCUGGCGUCUCGUUCAGAAAGACAUCCGUGGAUGGGAAGAUUGUACCAGAAUUUGUCAAUCAGUAUAUCUUGACGGAUUUGUACUUAUCGAGAAAGACGACGUCGGUUGUGUCGCCGAUAAUGCCAAGCAUCACGACCCUGGUAAACCCGCUAUCUACAGUGUUUCAGAUUAUGUUGGCGACCGUCAGGACGAUAUUUCUGGUCAUUCUCUCGAAUCUUCCUGGGUCUCAACAAGCCAUCAAGCGCAUCAGUGUUGCGAAUACUGCUGUCUUGUACCACGAUGGGAGGGCUUUGGCGACAUGCGAAAGUGGACCGCCCAUGAGGAUACAGCUUCCCUCGCUGGAUACUGUCGGCUGGUUCGACGGUGUCCAAGCUGAAGGAGAGCCAGAGAAAUCUCAAGCCAGCAGUGAUGACUCUCCGUUCGGCGGUAGCGGGCUCUUCAGCUUCAUGAGGGAAUGGACGACAGGGCAUCCCAAGGUCGACCCUGUCACUGGAGAGAUGCUUCUAUAUCACAACACUUUCAUGCCACCAUACGUGCACUACUCAGUACUUCCGAAAAGUAACGAAAAUGCGCCUGGGCACAGACUUGUCAGACUUGUCAAUCAGCCGGUUUUGGGAGUAUCUGGCGCUCGGAUGAUGCACGACUUUGGAGCAUCUCGAAGUCAUACUAUUAUCAUGGAUCUUCCUCUGAGCCUUGACCCUCUCAAUACAAUGAAAGGCAAAGAGGUUGUAGCAUACGAUCCGACGAAACCUUCACGGUUUGGAGUGUUCCCGCGCAAUAAACCGUCCAGCGUCCGUUGGUUUCAUACAGCUCCAUGCUGUAUCUUUCAUACUGCGAAUACCUGGGAUUCUCAUUCCAGUGACGGUAGGAAGUCUGUUAACCUUCUUGCUUGUCGAAUGACUUCCUCUACGCUAGUAUAUACAGCAGGAAAUAUUCGGCCUCCAGUAAGGCCUAUGUCUACCCGAGCGCGGGACUGGUCAGUCGAGAAGAAGGAAACGGCCUGCAGAUACAAAGAAGCUCCUACACUUGAGUCACCUGGGGAAGCAACUGGUGUGACCGAUUACUUCUCCACUACAGAGUCCGACGACUACGACCAAUGCCGACUGUACUAUUACGAAUUUGACAUGGCGACCAAAUCUCAGAACAGUGUCAAGAGCCAGUGGGCUCUCUCUGCGAUACCUUUCGAGUUUCCUUCUGUAUGUCCAGACCGAGAAAUGCAAGAGGCUCGUUACAUCUACGGCUGCAGCACGUCAACUUCCUGCUUUGGUGUUGCUCUUGGACGAGCUGACAAGGUCGAUCUGCUUAUCAAGAUGGAUGCCAAGACCCUCAUUCAACGUGGGAAGAAGAUGGACACAACGCCUAUCACUGGGUGUGUCGAUAGACGGUCAGUUGGCGAGAUUCUUGAAGAGAAGAGGAAGGAUGAUCCUAUAAAGAUAUUUCGUCUUCCGCCAAACCACUACGCUCAAGAGCCGCGGUUUGUUCCUAGAGAUUCUUCAACUGCGGAGGACGAUGGAUAUCUGCUCUUUUAUGUCUUCGACGAGUCUCAACUCCUGCCUUCUGGGGAUUGUCCCAAAUCUGCGAGGUCUGAGUUGUGGAUUCUUGAUGCUCAGAACAUGCGUGAUGUUGUGGCCAAGGUUCAGCUUCCCCAACGAGUACCAUACGGUCUGCACGGAACUUGGUUCUCUAGUGAGGAUAUUGAAGGUCAACGGGUUGUGAAGUCUUUGAGAAGCUUGGAAGAGGUGCAAAGGAAGAAGGAUGGUUGGGUUAAUAAUGGAGGACAGAUAAGGAAGUCAUGGAUGGUGCUGCGGGAGAAGUUGGAGACAGCUGUCGGAUGAUGGACUCUGGUUUUCAUUAUGGUUCGCUUUUACGAUACCCCAUUGCGAUCUCACGACCCAGUUUUGUAGCUUAUAGGUUUUGUCAAUAUGUGCAGACAACUCUUCAUCCUUCAAAUGAAUAAAUAAGAAUAUCUGACUACUCAUA